AUGGCUCAGUUCAUCUUCCAAAAUGACAGAGACCUCUCUCAUGCUCUUCAUGGCGGACCAUGGUUUGUCAAUGGUUGGAUUGUGGCGCUUGAACAGUGGAAACCAACCCCAGGGCUAGAUUUCCUCAACAUCAUCCCCUUCUGGAUCCGCAUUAGAGGUAUUCCAAUUGAUCUCGUCAAAAAGCAAGCAGUUCAAACUAUUGUGGAACCGCUUGGUCGAGUAGAGACUGUGGAACUCCACGCCAAGCAAUCUAGCUCCCUGGAAUAUGUUCGUGCUCGAGUUUGA